AUGCCACGAAUACAUUUAAAGAGAUGUGUAAUCAAAUUAGUUUUGGUGUUUUCCUUUGUUUGUUUUUUCUGGACGUUUGUUUACCGUGACGAACUCGCCAAAAUUGAAAACAAUGAUGAUUUUCAAGUGGAAAAGGAACAAUUAAUCAAACGCAAUGAAGAUCAAUUAGAAAGUGGUCUGACACAGCGGCAACGUUUAUCUUUAGGCUUGGAAAACAAGAAACAUUUUAAAACAAUUGUUAAAAAAACAGGAAAAGUAAUUCCAGAUGGAAAAGCUGACGUUAAAGUGCAGGAUCAUAUGAAUUCUAAAGGGCAUUUUAACAUUAAUGACGGGAAAGGUAACAAAGACAGAGUUAAUAUUAAAAAUGUGUCCUCUGGACCUGGUGAGUUAGGUGAGGCUGUACACAUUGACGUCAAGUCACUGACCCCCGAGGAGAAGAAAAAGUACGACAAAGGAUGGAAAAACAAUGCCUUCAAUGAAUAUGUCAGUGAUAUGAUUUCAUUAGACAGGUCCUUGGAGGAUACACGAGAUCCAGAAUGUAAAACUAUGGAGUACAGUAAUAUGUUACCAGAUGCGAGUGUUAUCAUAACAUUUCAUAACGAGGCUUGGUCCGUUUUACUAAGGAGUGUCCAUAGCAUUAUAAACCGUACCCCACCGACUUUAUUAAAAGAGAUAAUUCUUGUGGACGAUUAUUCGGAUAUGGCUCAUUUAAGAGAACCUCUGGAAGAAUAUAUGCGUCGAUAUGAUAAAGUGAAAAUAUUGAGAGCAAGAAAAAGGGAGGGACUGAUUCGAUCAAGACUCCUCGGAUACAAUACUGCCUCUGGAACGGUUCUGAUAUAUCUUGAUUCUCAUAUUGAAUGCUUGGAAGGUUGGAUCGAGCCACUGCUAGAUCCCAUCGCCCGUGACAAGACGACCUCAGUCACACCUAUAAUCGAAAGUAUUGAUUUCACAACAUUCCGCUUCAAAAUUAGUAGAGCAAAAGACGUACAGGUCGGAGGAUUUGACUGGUCACUCGUGUUUAACUGGCAUAAAAUACCAGAUUCUGAAAGGGCACGUCGAAAUUUUAAACACUAUUUACCAGCAAGGUCUCCAACCAUGGCUGGAGGACUCUUCGCAAUCAGUCGAGAGUACUUUACGUACCUAGGUACCUACGACGAGGGAAUGAAUAUUUGGGGAGCUGAAAAUCUAGAAAUAUCGUUUCGGAUAUGGAUGUGUGGAGGAACGCUUCUGACAGCCCCUUGCUCACGUGUAGGCCACGUAUUCCGGGAAACGUCUCCGUAUACUUGGCCAGGCAAAAACAUCCUGUUACACAAUAACCUUCGAUUGGCAGAGGUGUGGCUCGAUGACUUCAAGUCCUAUUACUAUGGGCGUGUCUCUCAAAGUAAGGUAAAGGAAACAGAUUAUGGAGAUAUAUCAGCGAGGGUAGCUUUACGCAAACGUCUCCAAUGCAAAAGCUUUAGGUGGUUUCUGAGUAAUGUGUUUCCUGAAUUAUACAUUCCAGGGAAUUCUGUAGCAUCUGGAGAGAUACGCAACAAAGCAAAACCAGUGUGUUUGGAUGGGAAGGACAGAGCUGCAGCUAAUAAUAUUUUAAGAUCAUAUCCCUGUCAUCAACAGGGCGGAAACCAGUUCUGGCUCCACAUGAAGGACGGUGCUUUCAGACGAGAUAUUCUGUGCUUCGACUAUUUCAUUCAAAAUAACGAAUUAAGAAAUAAAGAAAUACAAUUAUUUGCAUGCCAUGGACAGCGUGGAAACCAGGAGUGGGAAUACAGAGAGGACAACACCAUAUUCCAUGUCAAUACCAAAAAGUGCAUCACGCUGGCUUUUGAUGGUCGAUCUGUUUUUAUGGAGGAAUGUCGAGGUACGGACAGUCAGUUGUGGAUAAUGGAGAAAAAACCAGUUAGAGGGCCGACUAUUUAG